AUGAAUCACCGCAUAAAGCAACUGCAAGAAAUGAUAGAUUUUAAUUGCGACCAAACUCAAAUUGUUGGAAUUGUCGGGAUGCCUGGGAUUGGUAAAACCACUCUAGCUGAAGAAUAUUUUGAAAGGUCAAAUGAUAGGUAUUCGUUUAACAAGAUUAUCUCGGACAUUCGUGAGAGAGGGCAUCAUUAUCUGGAGUACAAGCUUCUGGAAGGUCAAAAGUUAAAUGAGGAGGCUAACAUUUUCUCAAAGAAAAGUUUUCUUGUUUUGGAUGAUGUGAGCCAGAAGAAGCACAUAGAGUUUUUACUCCAAAACAGAAGACGGAUUAAGAAGGGAAGCAAGAUUGUCAUUACAACGCGUGACAAGUCAUCGAUAGCAGAAUUCUCUCCCGAAAUUUAUGUUGUCCCUCCCUUGAACGAUACAGAUGCCUGGCAGCUCUUUAAUGAUCAUGCCUUUAAAGGUGGAGCCUCUAGCACCAAGGGAAACUUCCCCAAGCUGACCCAAAAGUUUGUGGAUUAUGCUGGAGGCAAUCCACGAGCCCUCGAGGAACUUGGAAAGGAGCUUAAUGGGAAAGACGAGGCUGAAUGGGUGACGAGACUAGAGAACCUGCCAUACCAGUGCAAUAGUAUUAUCAAAAAAGAGUUGAAAAUCAGUUAUGAAGAACUCACUGAGCAGCAGAAGGAUGCGUUUCUCGACAUAGCUUGUUUCUUCAGAUCAGAGGAAGAAAAUUAUGUAAAGUGUUUAUUGGAUUCUGAAUGUGGUGAUGUUGUUAAAAAGCUUGCUGAAAUUUUUUUCAUUUGUAUCUCUGGGGGAAAAAUAGAGAUGCACAAUCUACUCUGUGCAUUUGGCAAAGAACUUAGGUCGGGGGAAAGAAUGUGUGAUCAUAGGAAAACUACUACAAUUCUAAGAGAUGCCGUUCAGCAGGAAACAAAAGAUGUGAGAGGUAUUUUUCUAGACACAUGCACAGAAACAAAAGGGAUAUCAGUAGACAGUAAAAGAUUUACCGAAAAGUUCAACCCGAUGAAUCUGCGGUACCUCAAAAUCUAUGACUCUCUUUGUCCAGAGAACUGUAAAGUAUACUUGCCCGACGGACUUGAGUUUCCCUUCGAAAAUAUUCGAUAUCUUCACUGGGAGAACAUUGAACUGAAGGAGCUUCCAUCAGAUUUCAACCCAAAAAAUCUUAUUGAUCUUAGGCUGCCUUAUAAUAGGAAGAUUGAACGUGUUUGGGGAGCUGUUAAGGAAUUGCCCCUGUUGAAAUGGGUGGAUCUAAGCCAUUCAACUAAGUUGACUGACCUGUCAGCAUUGUCGAAGGCAUAUGAUCUUCGAAGACUUAAUCUUAAAGGCUGCACAAGUCUGGAUAAGUUGCCAGAAGAGAUGGGAAAUAUGAAGCAACUUGUUUUCCUGAACCUCAGAGGAUGCACAACACUCUCAACUCUACCAGAAAGACUGAACUUGAUCUCUCUCAAGACCAUCAUCCUCAGUGAUAAUCUUGAGUUUCUUCAUUUAGAUGGAACUAUUAUCUCCACUCUCCCUCCAACCAUCCAGAACUUCAAGAAACUUGUGUUGUUGAACUUGAAAAACUGCACAAUGUUGGAGUCUCUCCCGGAUUGUCUCAACAAGCUGAAGGCUCUUGAAGAACUUACGCUCUCUGGUUGUUCAAGGCUUAGGAAUUUUCCUAAAAUUAAGGAGACCAUGGAAAAUCUACAGAUUUUACUACUUGAUGGGACCUCAGUUGAAAAGCCACUUCAAGAGCCACUCCAGAUGAAUGGCCUGUCCAUGUUGCGGCGUCUAUGCUUAAGCAGGAAUGAUAUGAUCAAAAGCCCGCAACCUUGCAUCAGCGAACUAUAUAACUUGCAAUGGAUGGACUUGAGGUAUUGCACGCAUCUCACAUCACUUUUAACGCUGCCACCCAAUCUUCAGUACUUAAAUGCACAUGGUUGCAUCUCGCUAAAAACAGUAGCGAGUCCUUUAGCUCUACAUUUGCCAACGGAGAAGGGUCCUUCGGCAAGAAGGGUCCUUGCGAGCGAGGGAAAAUGA